UGGUUUUGGAGCGGUGUGUUUGUUUUGCGCUGAAGCGACGCGGUUGAAUCCUGCGGUUUAUUCGGCGUUUUUAAAUAACUGUAAGAACAUUCGAUGUGUUGUCUACAUGGAGCUUGUUAUGUUGAAGUCGGUUAUAUUUAUUGCUCCGUUUAAACACGCGGAAGUGAAAAUGGAAACAGACAGAAAUGUGUGAGCCGAGCACCAUGACACACCAGUGCACAAUCUGCCUGAAACAGUUUGAUUUUGUUUCAAAGCUUCGACGGCACCAGCUCACACAUUCGGGACAGAGACCUUUCACCUGUUACGUUUGCCUGAAAUCUUUCCGACAGUCGGCUCACUUGAAAGGACAUUUGAAAAGCCAUUCGAAGCUGAGGGAGGUCUCACUCGUUGUAUCCCAAGCAGUUAAUUCUCAGAUAUCUUACACGGAAACAGAGGAAAGUUACAGCAGACAUGUCGGAGCUCAGAUUUCAGACGACGGAGACCUUGGUGAAGAAAAUAUGUGGUAUGGUUCCCUUCAGACAAGUAAUGAGCAUCAAUUCGAACAUCAGAACGAUGGCAUGAACAAGCAGGAACGUGUUAAACUCCUGAUAACUGUUAACGGGCAGACGUGUGACUUUGCGCAAGGCAAUUACGAUGGAUUUGAAAACUCGACCCCUGAAGAAAGCUUUCAAAACGGUCAAUAUUCCAGGGGCGCUGAAAUUCUGCCUGAUUCAGAAAACCACACAGAGUCCAGUGGUGAAAAACAAGAACAUCUGGGAGCAAUUUGCAGUACAGUAAACACACAAACCCCAGAUUCUUCUAUAGAGGAAAAAAUGGCAAAGAUGACCAAUAGGCACCAGUGUUCAGUGUGUCUGAAAUGUUUUUCUGCACCUUCAAAACUCAAGCGUCAUGUUUUAAUCCACAGCAGUCUCAGGCCUUUUUGCUGCGAGUUGUGCCCUAAAGCUUUCCGACAGCUCGCUCAUUUAAAAAUGCACCUGUCCACUCACUUUUCACAAAGACAAAAAACAGUGAAAGAACCUAUUCCUGGAAACACCGUCUCUCAGAAUCCUAGUCAUCCUCUGAAUGCAUCAGUGUGUUGUGAUAAACCUUCAAACAGGCAAUGGACAGAAGAUGCUGGAGAGCUUGAAAAGGAGCUGAAAGGAUCAGAAAAUGUUCACAUGGAGCCUAAAAAUGUGAAAAAAGUAGAGAGUUUAAAUGCUGCUGAAAGUCGGACUAAAAGUCAAGAAGGGCAUGAAUGUUCCGUGUGCCACAAGCAUUUCAGCGCCCCAUCAAAGCUGAGAAGGCAUUGUCUCAUUCACACUGGUCAAAGACCGUUUCAGUGUUCUUUAUGCUGCCGUGCGUUUCGGCAACUUUCCCACCUCAAAGCACACCACAGCGUCCACACUGGUCCCAGGAAGAAAUUAACGUCUUUGCUCCAGGUGCACAGAUCCCUCCAGCCUCAGCCUUGCUCCAGUCGAGCGUCCAAGGCUAGGCUGAAGCGUUUUGUACACAUCAGCCUUGCUAGGAAGUUCAGAUCCACAAAACUGAAAAUGUCUGCUGCACCUCUGAGUCUGUCACCGGGCGCAAGAAUUCUGAUCGAUGAGAAUGUUUCAGAAACUGGUGCCAGUAAGUCCUCACCAGACCAAGAGAUCUGCUAUCGACAGCAGCACUCUUGCUCCAUGUGUUCAAAACACUUCAGCGCUCCUUCUAAACUUCGACGCCACAUCUUGAUUCAUACAGGGCAGCGACCUUUCAGAUGCUCAGUUUGCUUUCGAGGCUUCAGACAGAAAUCUCACUUGAAGGUUCAUAAGUGUAAAGGAGGAAGCAGAGGAACGUUUCAUUCCAGCAGGAGUGAGAUCCAUCAUGUGAGAGACCCUGAUAGUUUCAGAUCUAACAUGAGCAUCAGAACGGGAGAUGAGGUUAACGGGGAGAACUUCGUAUCCAGCAGUGGGAUAGGAGAUGGCUAUGUUUACUCACCGAGCAUUGGACUUGAAUGCAAAUCUAUCCCAGAGGACAGCAGCGAUUUCACAUCUCUUUCAUACAAAGCCAUGUCCAGGCCUCUGGAUGAAGCAAAUCAGACUAAAGAAUCCGGGUACCAGUGCACAGUAUGCUUCAAAAUAUUUGACUUCCCUUCUAAGCUUUCUAGGCAUCUCCUCAUCCACAUGGACAUCAAGCCGUUCAAGUGUAGCGUCUGUAGCAAGUCCUUCAGGCAGCUCUGCCACCUACAGAGCCAUUCCAAGGUUCACAUGGUGAGAAAGAAUAGGUUCUGCCAAAGAAGCUACAAGAGCGGAAUGGGAACCUCCAUCCCUGAGACAUCAAAGACAUUCAAGGAAACAAAUAACCGUGCAAGAGCAUCUGGAAAACCUCCAGUGUCAUGGAGGCCAGAUCCUUACAGUGACAAUCAAAAUGCACAUCUGCUUAAUAAUUCUUCACAUUCUUAUUCCAUUAACAUGGAGGAAUUCACACCAAACACAGAAGGCACCAGCUCUCCAGUUGAAGUCCAUGAUUCUGAAGACACUCCCAGCCAGAUGAAGAGAAAUCCAAACCAGUGCAUCUUCUGCCUGAAGACUUUUGAUUUUCCAUCAAAGCUUUCCAGACAUUUGCUGGUCCACACCGGAAUCAGGCCUUAUGAAUGCCAUGUUUGUUGCAAGUCCUUUAAGCAGCUCAGCCAUCUUCAGUGUCACCAGUGGGUUCACAACAGAAAGGAUAAAAGUGAGCUCAAAGCUAGGGUGGUGAACGAUGAGAGUCCCAUCUCCUCUGGUGGGAUCAUGCUGACUGAUGAAUCAGACCUUCAUCAAGGGAGUUCUGAAAGUUUAGCCAUGCUAAAUCAGGGUCAUAAUGGAUACACCGCACAAGUGCAGCAUCAGAAAUGGAUUUCUAAAGACGAUACCCGCUCUCCUUCUGAUUUAGGUCAUGGUGAGAGUAAGGUCAAGUCUGAAAUCGAUCUUCUGGUGGAUAAGUCUGUUUAUCCUAACUUAAACCCUGACUUGAAUCCAUCUUGUGCUGAGAAUACUUCAGAUAUGAUACUUUACACAUGUCUGGAUCAACAGGCUGAGAAACUGGAGAGCAAGGAUUUUAAACACUGUUUGAGCAAAGUGGGUGAAGUUCACCCAUCCGCUGCUGAUAAGACUACCAGAAUUCCAAUUUGGAAUAGUAUGGAUCAACAAAACAUGGUUGAAACUAGAGAUCCUGAUCUUUUUGCCCAGAAGACUGAGAGGACAAAUUUGCAUAGUCUCCCCUUUUGUAUCCCUGAAGACUCUCUUCAAAGAUCUCCAACCAUCCCUGAUUCUUACAAGCUUGAGUUGAAUCAUCACCACCAAGGUUCCAAGCAGGCCGAAGAUCAUCAUCAUAAUCAUCAGCUCCUGACAGAACCUCCAAAUGACCUGCCAAUAUGUCCUUCCUGCAGCCAGUGCUUUGAUUCGUUGCAGAACCUUAAUGCACACAUUUGUCCAGUCCACUGUCCUAAACAGAGACUCUCAAAGUCCUACCAGUGUGCCGUUUGCUUCAAAAGCUUCGAAGCCCCGUCUAAGUUGAAGAGACAUUAUGUGAUACACACGGGACAGAGACCAUAUCGCUGUAACAUGUGUGCCAAAGACUUCACCCAAUCAGGUCAUCUCAAAACACACAUGUUGUCCCACAGGUAGUUCACCAACUUUCAGCAGGUCCAGGGAGUUACAGCUGAAAGCACAGGGCACAGGAUCACCAGAGUUAUGGAACUAGUUUAAUGUCCUGAGACUCCAGACUCAAAAAUACAUUUAAAAAUAAUAAUUUGGGUUACUGUCUGUGUGCAGUUUCACAGGUUCUCCCAGUGUCUGUGUGGGUUUCUGAUGGUUUCUCCACUUUCCAAAAACAUGCUGGUAGCUAGAUUGGCUAAGCUAAAUUACCCCUGGGUGUGAACGAGUGUGUGACGCGGAUGGGAUUCAAGCUCAGCCUCACGCCCAUGGGGAUGAGCUUCGGAUCCAUGGUCAUUUUGACCAAAACAAAGAGAAGUUACAUGAAUGUUUUGGCUGGAGGUCUUCAUCACCUUAACCCGAAACUCUUGUGUUAACUUCCUGUGAGGUGAAAUAAUUUCUUAAACGUGUGCGUUAAGGAAAAGCAAAGAGGCAAACGAUUAAACAAAAAAUGUAAGGCUUGGGUUUUUUGUUUGUUUGUUUCUUUUUUGUUUUUAUGUAUUUGAAAUUCAUUCCAAAUAACGAUUCCAUAUUAAUUUUUCCUGCUGUUGCUGCUGGCAGUGAGAGUUCACUGAACUGACCAAAGCCUCCUGAGUUACAGCUGCUACUGUUCUGGAAAAAGUCAGUACUGGUUUAGUAUGUGAUCAGAUCCUAAUUCAGUCAAUGCUUAGCUUAGCUAUGUUCUGCCUUCCUCCAAUUCAAACACAUUUUGUUGGACACGUUAUUGUUGACUAAUAGAACAAAUCUUUUUUUUUUUGAGAAAUAAUUUGAUAGAAUUAGACAAAACAUCAUUGUUUGAUAAAUGAAGGAAUGAAAUGAGUUGUGCAUCACUUUGCAGAUGUUUUAUCCUGAUAAAUAUUUUAAUCUGAUAAUAAUAU